CCAGAAUCAUUCGACUGCGUUCGCGUUGGAUUCUUCUCUCUGAUCAAACGGAUCACUACGCGAACAGCAAUGGCGUCGACGCUUGGAUCUGUGCUGGCAAAGCUGGCCGUCUUUGGUGCAGCAAAGCCCCCGAACCUCGCGCACUGGUCGGCAGCUUCGUGGUACGACAGCUGCGUGCUCUUUCUCAAGUCUUUUGGCCUCUUCAUGCCCAUCCUGACCCAGAUCAACGCGCCCUUUGGUCGCUUUGCCCUCUCCAAGUCCAUCUUCAACCUGCCAGGCAAUGUGACCUUCAUGGUCAUGGAGGCCUUUGCCCCAAUUAUCUUUGUGCUUGCGUUUGCCAGUUCGCCCCUGUCGUCGUCGCCUGGGCUCCUCAAGACGACGUUGCCGCUCUCGCCCUCGCUGGAGCACCUCAAGACGAUUCCAACUGCCAACUACAUCCUCGGUUCCCUCUAUGUCAUCCAUUACAUCAAUCGAGCGUUUCUUCAGCCGAUGCGUGGCCCGCCGCGCUCCCCCUCGCACCUAGCCGUCUUUGUCGCUGCCUCCCUCUUCCAGAGCGCCAAUGGCUUUGUCAUGGGGACUUGGCUUGGAGGCGCUUCUCCCCCGCUCCAGCUGCCUUCCGAGGUCAUCGACAGCAGUGGCAGCAGCACAGCUUCGCGACUGGGCUCUAUUCUCUCGGGCACACUGCGGACAGUGGCAAGACCAGGCAUUGUCGAUGGGGGAGUCAAGACGCUCACCAACCCGCUGUUCCUAAUCGGCAUCGCAGGCUGGGCCGUGGGACUCGCAGCCAACAUCUACCACGAUGAGAUCCUCUUUGAUAUCCGGAGAAAGGCGCAAAAGGACAGCAAGGCCAACGGCGCUGACAGUAAGCCAAAGUACGACGUACCCCAUGGCGGCCUCUAUUCGCUCAUCAGCUACCCAAACUACCUUUGCGAGUGGUUUGAAUGGUUCUCCUUUGCAUUCGCCGCGCUGGCCUUUACGCCCUUGUCGCCCCUUUCUGCUCAGGCCGUGCCCUUGACAUUGGCGGGUCGGAUUCUUCUCCUGGUCAGCUGCCCUCCCCUCCUCUUUCCCAUCGUCGAGGUGUGGGUCAUGCUACCGAGAGCCCUCAAUGGCCACGAGUGGUACCGAAGCAAGUUUGGCAUCGAGGGCGAUGGCAAGGGAGGCAGAUACCCUCGAGAUCGCAAUGCUGUCAUUCCAUACCUCUUGUAAUCCACACUUUAUGUGCUUGGCACGACAAAAAUGAGAGAGAAAGGAGCAGGGCCUAGCAAUGUCCGAUUCGUACAAAAUG